GGACGGGCGCCCUGAUAGUGUAAGUUGCGAGCUAAAUAUAGCAUACACAGAGAGACUUUACUAGUCGCCAUAUUCCAUAUGUCCAUCAAUUAUUUGAUCUCUGGCCAUUUCAAGAAAUGGCAGAUGUACAUUUUCGCUUCCAUGAUUUUGACAGGAGACAUGAGCUUGAAGUUUAUAUUCAAGGGAAUGUGGAUGCCGGUGCUACAAGAGCAGAGAUUGCAGGACUGAGGGUGGAAGUCAGGGGCAUACAGGCCGAAUUGCGGCAGAAAGAGCAGAGAAUUAUGAGACUAGGGGAUGAAGUCGGAGAAAUCAGGGGGGAAAUGAGGGGUGUAGGAGAAGAUCUGAGGACGAUGAGAAGAGAGCUCUGGGAGACUAGGGAAGAAAUAUUGAGGCUAAGAAAUGAAGCCAUGCAAUAUAGGGAAGACUUAAGAGGCUUAAGAGAGAAUAUUUUGGAUAUGGAAGGAGAGAUUCUGAGGUUGAGGGGUGAAAUAAGAAAUGGUAUCAGAGGGAUGAGGGAAGAGGUUUUAGAUUUCAUGGAUGAAGUUGAGAGGGGACAAAGUGAAAGAUUGAUAGUUGCCACGAUGACUACCGAAAGAUUGAGAAGAGAGGUUAUGGAAGAAUUGAUUAGGAGAGAUGCGAACAAUUUUCAAAUGGAGUUACGAUUAAUGGAGGGAUUAGCAAGGCGGGAUGCAGAAAACAUUCAAACGGAAGUGCGAAUAAUGGAAGAAUUGGCGAGGAGGGAUGAGUACAAUAUUCGAACGGAGCAGCGGCUGGUGGGAGAAGUUCAAGAUCUCAAAAUAAGGAUCGCAGAAGGAUCAGAGAGGGAAGACGAGUUGAUAAACGAUGUGGAUGCUCUAAGGAGUAGGAAUAUGGAGAAUGAACGAGCAGUGAGAGGUGAAAUUGAAAGUCUGGGCAACAGGAUGGAUGCUCUGGCACUGGAGAAUGAGGGGUUGACGGAAAGAAUGACGUGGCUGGAAAUGCCGGGGCCUGAAAUUGAGGAAGACGUCGAGCCAGUAGGUGAUCAGGCAGUCAAUGAUAUCGUUGAGAAACAACACGAUGUAGGAAAGCGAAAGAAACGUAAGAGAGAAAGAUGCCAGUGGCCAAUAUUCUACACCGGAAGGAGGAAACAUAGUAUUGGGAAAAAGCUAGGUUUAAUGAUCGUGAAGUAUGCAAUUACAUGAUCAUAGAUUUGGUCAUGGUAUGUGACUGAAUGGAAGGGGAAGAUUUUCACAAGAACCUCUUGGUACUAUCCAAGAGAUAUUCUCGAAGAAAGCUUAUAUUCAAGUCGGCUCUGCGUCGUAGAGCUGACCAUGAAGCACAGAAACCUGCAGGCUUGCCAUUGGACUAUCUAAGGAUCAAAAUCAUAGUCUGAUAGUGAGACA